AUGCGGCCCCCGCUGCCGCAGCUGCUGUUCCUGCUGGUCCUCGCCGCUGCCGCGCCUGGGGGCGAGUCCGUGGACGACCCCGCCGCCACCUGUGUGGACCUGCAGCUGCAUACCUGCAGCGACACCACCUACAACCAGACCACCUUCCCCACCCUGCUGGACCAUCGCUCGAGGGACGCGGUGGAGGCCAGCUCCGAGUAUAUCCUGCUCAGUGUCCUACCCCACCUGCUGGAAGGCCAGUGCAACCCGGACCUGCGGCUGCUGGGCUGCGCCGUGCUGGCCCCUCGGUGCGAGGGUGGCCGGGUGCGCAGGGCCUGCCGGCAUGUCUGCGAGGACCUCCGGGAGACCUGCCUGCCUGCUUUCGACGCCAUCGACAUGGCCUGGCCCUACUUUCUGGAUUGCGCUCGCUACUUCGCUAGUGUCGAGGAGAACUGCUACGACCCCCUGGAGAAGCUGCGUGGUGACCUGGAGACAGAGGACAUGUUGCCAUCCGGCCUGCCACCCACCUUCAUCCAUUUUGCCCACCACUCCUAUGCCCAGAUGGUGCGUAUCCUAAGGAGGACAGCGUCCCGGUGCGCCCACAUCGCUAAGACCUACAGCAUUGGGCGCAGCUUCGACGGCAAGGAACUGCUGGUCAUCGAGUUGUCAGGACGCCCUGGCCAGCACGAGCUGAUGGAGCCCGAAGUGAAGCUUAUUGGCAACAUUCAUGGCAAUGAGGUGGCUGGCCGUGAGAUGCUCAUCUACUUGGCUCAGUACCUGUGCUCCGAGUACUUGUUGGGCAACCCCCGCAUCCAGCGUCUACUCAACACCACCCGCAUCCACUUGUUGCCCUCCAUGAACCCUGAUGGCUACGAGGUGGCGGCUGCCGAGGGUGCAGGCUACAACGGGUGGACGAGUGGGAGGCAGAACUCACAGAACCUGGAUCUGAAUCGCAACUUCCCGGACCUGACCUCCGAGCACUACCGGCUGGCGGGGGUCCGAGGCGCACGCAGUGACCACCUGGCCAUCCCCCAGCAUUACUGGUGGGGUAAGGUGGCCCCUGAGACCAAAGCCGUCAUGAAGUGGAUGAAGGCUAUCCCCUUUUCGCUCUCCGCCAGCCUCCACGGGGGCGACCUGGUGGUGUCUUACCCUUUCGAUUUCUCCAGGCAGCCCGAGGAGGAGAAGAUGUUUUCCCCUACACCCGACGAAAAGAUGUUCAAACUGCUGGCUCGAUCCUACGCCGACGUGCACCCCAUGAUGAUGGAGAAGUCGGAGCACAGGUGUGGGGGGAACUUCCUCAAGAGGGGGAGCAUCAUCAACGGGGCGGACUGGUACAGCUUCACCGGAGGAAUGUCUGACUUCAACUACCUCCACACCAACUGUUUCGAGAUCACGGUGGAGCUGGGCUGCGUGAAGUUUCCGCCUCAGGAGGCACUGUACACGCUCUGGCGGCACAACAAGGAAUCCCUUCUGAGCUUCCUGGAGAUGGUGCACCGCGGCAUCAAAGGCGUGGUCAUGGACAAAUUCGGGAAGCCGGUCAGGAAUGCCCGGGUCAUCGUCAAGGGCAUCCGCCAUGAUGUCACCACAGCCCCUGAUGGUGACUACUGGAGACUGCUGUCCCCAGGGUCUCACAUCGUCAUUGCUCAAGCCCCGGGUUACUCCAAGGUUAUCAAGAAGGUCACCAUCCCUGCCCGCAUGAGGAAGGCCGGCAGGGUGGACUUCAUCCUCCAGCCCCUGAAAGAAGGACCCAAGAAGUUCCUCCCUGGGCCUCGAAGAGGGGGGAUGGGGUCCCAAGACCAGCCGGGAGACAGGGGACAACAGGAAGAGCUCCUGGGGGCACGGAGGCAGCCCCCUGUCAAUGGGGGCAAGCCCUGGUGGUGGUCCUACCUCAGCUCACUGAGCCAGUACAAGCCGCGUUGGCUCCUCAAGUACUAA